AUGACUUCCUGCACGAAACUCAACAUCGCCAUAAUCGGGUCCGGCCUGGCUGGGUUGACCGCUGCCAGAGUGCUUCGAGAACAGCACAACGUCACCGUUUACGAACGAGGCGAUGCCAAUACAGCGACUGGAGGGCAAGGAAUCAUCCUGGCGUCGAAUGGCGUCAACAUGCUGACGCUUCUGAGCUAUAACGCAAGCAAGGCUGGAGCAGUACCUGUGCAAGGCCUGACGACUUAUAGCAAAGAUGGCACAUUGCUAAAAGAUGUCGGGAUGGAUUUGGAACCACGGUAUGGGGCUGAUUGUCAGGCGAUGAAGAGAUCGGAUUUUAGAGAUGAGCUGUAUAGACUGGCCACUGCACCGUCCGUCGAGAUUGGGAUUGGUGGUGAUCCUGCACGGGUCGUUCUUAAUACACCGGUUGUCGGGCUUGAUCCAGAGAAAGGUAUUAUCGAAUUACACGAUGGGACUAAAGUCUCAGCAGAUGCGGUCAUCAUCGCCGACGGUGUGCAUUCUCGUCUUCGAAGCACCAUCAUCCAAGACCCUUCCCUCACAGCCAAGAAAACAGGCCUGACUUGCUACCGCAUCGCCGUACCAAUCUCCUCCGUUCCAACUCCACACCCACGCUGGACAUCCCACUGCAAUCGCUCUUCGAUUUUCUAUGCCGGGGACGACACACCUCGAGUCAUAACAGCCUAUCCAAUCCGCAAUGCGACAAUGUUUAAUCUCUCAUGUAUUCUUCGAACGGAAGUCUCUACCAAAGCUACCACGGAGUCCUGGCAUGUUGACGGUGAUAGGGAGAAAAUGCUGGAAGCGUUUCAAGACUUUGAUCCAAUGGUGGUCAAAGUCUUGAAGGCGGCGACAGAUGUCAAAGUCUGGGAGCUGCAGGACCUGGAACCUUUGAGUACUUGGACGCGAGGCCGGGCGAUUCUGAUUGGGGAUGCGGCGCAUGCUAUGACUCCGAUGCAAGGGCAGGGUGCCAAUAUGGCGAUCGAAGACGCCGAAGCGUUUCGAUUGUUGAAUGCUCCCGGUGUGACGAGUGAGGAUGUGCCAGAAAUUUUCAACACGAUGGAUGGCGUGCGAAGACCGAGAGUCGCGCGAGUUCUGGCUGAGACGAGGAAGAGUCAUUCGACCACCGGGGUUGCGGAAAGGGUGGUCCAGAAUAUGGAUUUCAUUUACGGGUACAAGGGAAUCCAUCAUGCUCUCGCAGGAAUAAAUCCUUGA